UUGUGGGAUCGCUCUCCGUGUUUGCCUCAGUUGAUCAAGAUGGCCGCGAAUAUUUUGUGGAGGGGUUGGAGUUGAAUACACGCCGCACUUGGAGCGAUUGUGAUGUUGAGAGACCAGAUUAAUUCGUCAGCACCAGAACAUCUCCAGAAGAUUGCCACCUGACCACCUUUGGGUCUCUUUGAGUUCAGAGCCGUAGAAGAGUGUGAUAUUGGAAACUUUUAAACAAGUCUAAUGAAGCGAGCGGCUGCAAAGCAUUUAAUUGAGCGCUACUACCACCAGUUAACAGAGGGCUGUGGAAAUGAGGCCUGCACGAAUGAGGCUUGUGGCUCUUCUCCGGGUUUCCAGCGCAUGGAUAACAAUGCAGCAGCCAUCAAGGCCCUGGAGUUAUAUAAGAAUAAUGCCAAACUGUGUGAUCCUCAUCCCUCUAAGAAAGGAGCCAGUUCAGCCUUCCCGGAGAACAGUGCCAAAGGAGCUCACAACUUCUCUGCUUGCAGCAACGGAAAGAUGAACCAUAAGGACCUGCCACCCACAAGGGAGGACUUUAGAGAUCUGAAUUUCUUGACUGAGGAUAAGGUGUAUGAAAUCCUGAGCCUCUGCAGUGAGACCGAGGACUAUUCUCCUCUAAUCCGUGUCAUUGGUCGGGUUUUCUCAAGUGCAGAGAGUCUAGUCCAGAGUUUCCGCAAAGCAAAACAACACACCAAGGAAGAGCUCAAGUCCCUUCAAGCCAAGGAUGAAGACAAAGAUGAAGAUGAGAAAGAAACGGCUUCUGGUUCAUCCACAGCAAUGGAGGUGGAACCAGAAGCCUCCGCGUCAAGUGGAGACGGGUCAUCUCACGGGGAGAACAAUGUCCAAAAGUUUGGUCCUGUAGAAGUUUCUGUAGACAUUGAUGCUGUAAGAAGAGUAUACGACAGAUUAUUAUCGAAUGAGAAGAUUGAGGCGGCUUUCCUCAACGCGUUAGUCUACUUGUCGCCCAAUGUAGAGUGUGACCUCACCUAUCACAAUGUGUACGCUGCCGACCCUAAUUACCUGAACGUCUUCAUCAUUGUGAUGGAGAACAGUAACCUCCACAGUCCCGAAUACUUAGAAAUCGCCUUGCCACAGUUCUGCAAGGCCAUGAGCAAGCUACCUCUUCCGGCUCUGGCCAAGCUUGCACGGUUGUGGUCACAGUACGGUGUGGACCAGAUCCGACGUCUGGUCGAGACUUUCCAGCAGCUUAUUACCUACACGGUCAUCAGCAACGAGUUCAGCAGUGACAACCUAGUCAACGAGGAUGAUGGUGUGGUGGCAGCCACUAAGUGCUUGAAGAUCGUCUACUAUGCAAACGUGCUGGGCGGCGACCUAGACACGGAUCACAAUGAGGAGGACGACGAUGAGCCAAUCCCGGAAUCCAGUGAGCUGACGCUGCAGGAGCUGCUCGGAGAGGAGAGACGCAAUAAGAAAGGCCCUCGAGUGGAUCCGCUGGAGACGGAAAUGGGCAUCCGUGCUUCAGACUGUCGAAAACCCCUCAUCCCAUUCGAGGAGUUCAUCAAUGAACCACUCAAUGAGGUGCUGGAAAUGGACAAAGACUAUACCUUCUUCAAGGUGGAGACCGAGAGCAAGUUCUCCUUUAUGACCUGCCCUUUCAUACUUAACGCUGUGACUAAGAAUCUAGGCCUGUAUUACGACAACCGGAUCCGCAUGUAUAGCGAGCGCAGGAUUACUGCCCUCUACAGUUUGGUGCAGGGACAACAACUAAAUCCUUAUCUGCGACUCAAAGUGCGCAGAGACCACAUCAUAGACGAUGCUCUUGUCAGGUUAGAGAUGAUUGCCAUGGAAAACCCGGCAGACCUGAAGAAACAGCUGUAUGUGGAGUUUGAGGGGGAGCAAGGAGUAGACGAGGGAGGAGUAUCCAAAGAGUUCUUUCAAUUGGUCGUAGAGGAGAUCUUCAACCCAGAUAUAGGCAUGUUUACCUAUGAUGAAAGCACAAAACUUUUCUGGUUCAACCCUUCAUCAUUUGAAAAUGAAGGCCAGUUCACUUUGAUAGGCAUCGUCCUGGGCCUAGCUAUCUACAAUAACUGCAUUCUGGAUGUUCAUUUCCCUAUGGUGGUUUACAGAAAACUAAUGGGAAAGAAAGGAACGUUUCGAGACCUUGCAGACUCUCAUCCGGUUCUUUUUCAGAGUCUGAAAGAUCUCAUGGAGUAUGAAGGCAAUGUGGAAGAAGACAUGAUGAUUACCUUCCAGAUCUCGCAAACAGACCUGUUUGGAAACCCACUAAUGUACGAUUUAAAGGAAAGCGGUGAUAAAAUCCCUGUUACCAAUGAGAACAGAAAGGAUUUUGUGGCGCUCUAUGCAGAGUACAUGCUGAACAAAAGUGUGGAGAAACAGUUUAAGGCCUUUAGAAGAGGAUUCCACAUGGUCACUAAUGAGUCUCCGCUGAAAUAUCUGUUUCGACCGGAGGAGAUUGAGCUGCUUAUAUGUGGCAGCAGGAACCUUGACUUCCAAGCACUUGAAGAGAGCACAGAAUAUGAUGGAGGAUACAACAAAGACUCACGCAUUAUUAAAGAUUUCUGGGAGACUGUGCACUCAUUUGAGCAGGAAAAGAAGAGACUGUUUCUCCAGUUCACCACUGGCACAGAUAGAGCUCCAGUUGGAGGUUUAGGCAAACUCAAGAUGAUUAUUGCCAAAAAUGGCCCUGACUCAGACAGGUUACCCACCUCUCAUACCUGCUUCAACGUGCUGCUCCUCCCCGAAUACUCGACCGUGGAGAAACUUAAAGAGAGACUCCUUAAAGCCAUCACUUACGCCAAAGGCUUCGGCAUGCUCUGAGGCUAAAGAACUCACUCUAGCCCUCAGAGGAGAAUCAGCUACAUCCACAACUAAACGUAAAUAUCAAGUAUAAAUGUAAGGCAACAUGAAAUGGGUUCAAAAUAGGGAAGUUCUGGUGACCGUGUGCCUGUGCCUAAAGAGUAGAUAAAACCACACUGGACUCAUGGCUCUCUCUCUCUCUGUCUUUCUCUGUCUCUCUCUCCCUCUUAUGUAAGUGUUCAGGUUCCCUUUUUUGUAUGCACUGAGAUAUAGCGUUAUUUAUUUUAAGGGAUGAAAUCUCGUCAUGUCUGCCAGGAAUUCCACACUUUUGUUGCUUCGUAGUCAUAAAAACAGGAGGAACGGUUGGAAGUUUUCAACGGCUGCAGGACUGAUCACCAACUAAACUUAAUAAAACAAGAUCAAAGGGAGAAAGUGGAACUUUGUUGAUGUAUUACGGUUGAACUGUGAAAGUGCACUUAACUCUAUUCAGAAUGUCUUUGUUUUAUUUUCUUGUCUACCCUUAGGCUUUUUUUGUUUUGGCUCGUGUUUCAUCGGUCUUCCCUAGUUCGUUCACAUUUGCGGCAAUGCUUUGAAAGGUACAGAGCAGCUCCAGUCUCAGUUUGGCAUCCAGGAAUCUGUAUUUAAUGAGAAUCUGCAUUGUUUGUAAUGCCGUCGUGCUGCUCGUUUAUGGCCAGUGUUCUGCAUUUCGCUUCAGAUUCGACUCUCUCUCCCUCACACACAAUUGACCGGUUUGCUAAAGAGGUGCACUCCUGCCGAAAACGAGUAGUGUUAUGAGAGGGAGAUCUCAACUUCCUAUAAAACUCUCUCAGAAGCUUCCUACUAGUGUUUGUUUGUUAUGUUAUCUGUCUUGUUUUAAUUCAAGAUGGCAGACUUUUAGUCCUUGAAUGCUAAUUGACGGUGCCCCAUGAAGAAAGCGUUUUAGUUGCGCUUUUUUUUUUGUUGUUUUUCUUUGCUCUGCACAGUGUCUGGCCCGAUACAUUUGGAUGAAAAUGAGGGGAAACUGGCACAAGUCAUACCACUAUCUUGUCGUGCCAAACAGUUAUGCUGAGAAUCGCCGCUCCGGUUUUGUUCAGGCGUAGCUGGAAAUCCACAUUAGUGAUGCCCUGUACACUUUUUUUGUUUAUUUGUUUUGUUUUUCCUUAUUCCCUCUUGCAGAUUAAAUGUGACUGUGGUUUGAUCCACUGCUGAUGGCGCUAACAUAAAAGGGGGAAACAGAACUUGAUAUUGAGAAUGACAACAUUUGAUUGUUUCAAGUUAUUCUUAAAUAAAUUCAAAACUGAAAAACCAAA